AUGUCCAGCCUCGCUUUAUCUCUUGUGGAAGGAUUCAAGGGCCGCCGGUCCAUCUAUCCCCUCACAAACGAGUCAACAGUUUCAAACGACCGCAUCGAGGAGCUUAUCUCGGAAGCAACCCUCCAUUCUCCAAGUCCCUUCAACACCCAAGCUUCACGUGUGGUAGUCCUUUUGAGAAACGAACAUGAAAAGCUGUGGGAUCUGGCAGGAGAGAUUGUCAGUGCGACAGUUCCGGCAGAGCAGUUCGAGAAGCUAUAUAAGCCCCGUAUUGCAGGAUUUCGGGCAGCUUACGGAACAGCCCUUUUCUACACAGACUUUGCUCCUUUUAAUGUGCUUGGGGAGAAAUGGCCUAUGCUCAAAGAGAAGUUCCCUGAAUGGGCUGAUCAUGCAUCUGGAAUGCAUCAACUCACAGUCUGGACCCUUUUGGAGGCUGAGGGGCUUGGGGCCAACUUGCAGCACUAUAACCCGAUGAUAGAUGUAGAGGUCUCAAAGCAAUGGAAUGUUCCCAAGGAAUGGAAGUUGAAGGCUCAAUUGGUCUUUGGGAAGCCGAGUGGUCCUGCUCGAGAGAAGACUUUCGAGCCCAUUCACGAGAGAGUGUUUGUCUAUGGAAAAUAA